AUGGGUGGAAAGUGUGUAAGAGGAGGUAACUACCUAUAUGGUGUGCUCGGAGAUGAGAAUGAAGCACACCUAUGGGGUACUUCAUUACUUCUGGAACAGUCUGAUAUGGUGAACUUUGCUGUAAAUCUGAUCUAUGUUUCUUGGCAAGCUUCCAAAGUUUACUGUGAAACAGCAGUCCACAGCAGAGGUCUGGUUUUUAUACACAUUUCCUUGUUUAAAUUUCAGUUAACUGGUAUUGGCCUUUUAGUUAUUGGAAUAUGGAUGAAAGUAUCCUUGUACCAGUUUCUGCAGCUCUCAGAUGAGUACAACAAUGUAGCUCCCUAUGUCUUCAUUGGUACAGGUGCAGCUAUAACAGUUGUGGGAUUUUUUGCUUGCUGUUGCACUGUAAAAGGGCAACCUGUUCUUUUGUAUUUGCUUUCAGCUUUCUUAGUGCUGGUGUUUGUAUUAGAAUUGGGAGCAGCUAUAUCUGGCUACAUUUUCCGUGGAAAACUCAAUACUGGUUUCAGAACUGGUUUGCAUGAGGCUUUGAAAAAGUACAAAGGACAUAAUAGUGUACAAGACAAGGAUCUGGACCUCCUUCAGUCAACUUUUCAUUGCUGUGGUGUGGAUAACUACACUGACUGGUUUGAAACUAGCUGGUCAGGGAAGACUCGGUCUGUUCCAGUCAGCUGUUGUAAGACUGAAAAGAACUGUAAGAACAAGCCUUUGACUGUUGUUACAGACAUCUUUCAGCAGGGUUGUUAUGAAAAAGUUGUAAACUUUGUGAAUGGAAACUUGAAGAUCAUUGGUGGUGGAGCUGUGGCAAUUGCUUGUUUCCAGCUCUUAGGUGUGCUGCUAGCUUGCUGUUUGGCUAAGAAUGUCAACAAGGCAAAAUAUGAACCUGUAGCUUAAAAGACUGUUUUGGAUUACUCUUCUUGUAUUGAGAUGCAGCUUAAAGUCACAAAUUUUGAACCUUUCAAAAUUCUUAAAUCAACUAUUCUGUACUCUUUUGUGUUUUAUUUAACCUUUCAACAAAUUAUAGCCUUUUAUUGUGAAAAUGAAUACUUCUUACUUCAUCUGUUAUGUGUUAAAAAAAAUAAUUAAUUUGCUUUGCAUGUUGCAGUUUUCAAAAUGAAUACACAGUAUACUAGAUGGUAAAAUUAACAUUUAUUAAAUAGUUUUGUUGUAUGUAAAGGAUGUGAUGGUUUAGUAUUAAAUGUAUUAGGUUACUAAUAAUAUAAUGUGAUGUUCUGGUAGAAUUACAAUAAUCUGGUAUGAAUCAUUUAUUUAUUGCCAUUAUAAAUGUUGUCUGCCAGAGUUAAUUAGUUUCAUUGAUGUGAUUCCUAGUCAUUUUCUUUGUGAAAAAGUGGUAUACAUUUAUAUAUAUAUAUUGUACAUUUUUUCAGUGAUAAUAUUUAAAUACGCUUAUUAAAAUACAAGUUGUUUAAAGUUAUGGUCAAGUUGUCUUAUUGAUAUGAAAUUAUAUUUUAUAAGUUUUACUGUCCUGUACAACUAUGAAAAUUUUAUUCUUUAUUUUCCUUACUUAGAAUCUUGCAUAAUUAAAAAGCAAUUAUUAGUUUGUAAUUUUUAACAGUAAAGAUGAAAAAUUGAUGCAUCUGAAAUUUAAGUUUUCGACAUUGUGAAAUAUAAUUAGUUUGUUUUGUUUCUUUUGCAAAGAGAAUUUAAUAUAAAUAAAGUUAAGCAUGCUAAUGUUUAAAAAUAUUGGUGUGUUUCAAAGAUAAGCUCAAAAAAAUUUGAAUUCAAAACAAAAACAGUCAUUACACAUAAAUGCUUUGGAUAACAUUUCCCAAAUAUUGAAACAGAUAGUGUUCUGUUACAGAAACUGUCAUCAAACUUAGCUAUGAGCAAGUGUUAGAUGUUUAAUUAUAGUAUCAGUUUUACCUUAGAAUUGCCCUAUUUAUUUAUUUUUACUUUAUAAUGUACAUUUAAAUCUAUUUAUUUUGUUUAUGUGUAAACUAUUUUUUUUUUGCAUUUAUGCUAAUCCCAUUUUGUUAGUGAUGAAUAAUAGAAUGACAACAAGUAUUUGACACGUGUGUGUGUGUGUGUGUUUGUGUAUAUGGUAACAAACAUUUAAUUCUUGAACAUUUCAGAAUGUACAUACUCCAUCUUCAGCAAGCUAUAUUGAACAGGGUAAAAUCCAGACUAAAAGGAUGAAGUCAAUUAAAAAAACAAGAAACAAUAAAAUAGUGCAAUAGUUCUACCAGUAUUAUACAAGUUAUUCAAAACAGACUUAAUUGUAGAGAAUUUGUUAUUAUUUAAAGUUGGGAGUUCAUUUAUGAUAGAUAAACUUUCUUUAAUCAAAUGUUCAAUAUUGGAUGAUCCAGAUGAGAUGACUUUAAAAUUUUUGAACUUUGUUACCAUACACACAUGUCAAACAUUUGUUUUGUUGCUGUCAUUCUAUUGUUCAUCAUUUUGUUAGUCAACUGGGGUAAAUGGUAUAUCCUUUUCUUUAAGAAAACAAAAUAGACAUUUUCUUUUUGGUGUAUUUAUAUAUAUGUAUGAUGGUUAUGGUUGUUGAGAAAAAGAACUGAAACCUUGGUUUAAAUAUUGCAGAUUAAAUUCAAUGAUAUUUAUUUUUACUUUUAUGGGUGUAAAGUAUACAUUUUCCAAAUAAGUGUUAAAAAAAUGUUAAGACAUUUUCUAAAAUAUGUCAAAUCAGUGUAAAUUGUCUCAUUCAGACUUUCUAUUAUUUGGAUAGCUAAAAUUUUAUGUGGUCAAAAAAGAUUUAGCAGCUUCUGUUGGUGUUAUUGGUGAAUAUCAUUUUUGUGAUUUCAGUUAGUGUUAAACUGUAGUGAAUUUUCUUACUGUUUAAACUUUUGUUAGUGCUUAGAAGUUAAUAAUUCUGACAGUAGUUUGAUCAUGCUGGAAAUCUAUUAUUGUGGUAAUAUUGCAGCAAGGUACACAAAAUCAUUUUGAAGUCUGGUCUUAUUCAUCAGGAUUACACACACAUGUUUUAGGGUACCAUGUUUUUUUGUUCUAUUUUUUAAUACUUGGGAAUACCUUUUUUUUAAAUUAGAUUUUCAUGUUAAGGCAAACAAUGAAUGUUUAAACUGUCCAGUAACUGCAAUAUAGAUCCUAGUAGUCAGUUAAAAAGUAAAAUGCAACAGGCAUGGAAAUUUUAUGAAUAAACUGUAUUGAUUAAUAACUUGCACGAUUUUUUUCCACUGCAGAUAGUUGUGAUAAUAUUGUAGAAACUAUGUAAUAUAUAAAGUUGCAUUUCAUGUAUUUACCACGAACUUAAAAACUACAUGGCUUGGCCUUACCAUACUUUUAGUUAACAUUCAAAGGGCUUAUAGAAUCCUUAUAUUUAAAAAUCCAGCAUCUAUUAUUAUUAUUACUAUCAUCAUAAAGUCAAAUGAAGGAGAGUUUAAAGGAUUUAUUCAGAAAAAAAUAAUUUCUACCAGAAGCUCAAUAUUAAAAUGUUUAGUCUAGAACUGAUUUGGUAAAUUUGUUGGGUCAUAAUUACUUUACAUUUAAUGGUAUAAACAAAAUUUUAGGAAAACUAUUGGAUAUGACUUACUCUUGAAAUAUGACAAUCCUUGCAAUGAAAAAAUAUAAAUACUUGAAUAUAUAUAUCAUACAUAUUUGGUAGCAGAAGUAUCAAUAGAUGGUGUGAGUAAAUAUGUGAAAUGAUUUUGUCACAUGCAAAAAUAUUAAAUAUUGGUGAAUUUUUGAGUAACUUGGUGCAAAUUUCCACUAGGCUCAAUAUUGUUUAUUGAAUAGUAUAAACAAAUUAAUAUAUUUUAGAAUAAAACUUGUCCGAACCAAAGAAAAAUUGGAUAGUUUGAUUAUUUGUAAUCUUUAUUGAGUUUUAUUUCAUACAACUUUUUUUAAUGUAUAUUUAAAAGCAACUGUGUUUGAAAUAUCCAGAAAUUACAAGGAUUCAAUUUAAGUUUGAUAAACUCUAGUAAUUUGUUUAUGAAUAAAACUUGCUAAGUCUAAAUCAAAAUAAAUUAGAUAGUUUGUGAUUGUUGGUAAUUUUGAUUGAGUUUUCCUUUAUACAAAUUUUUGUUUCUAAUAAAGUUUAGUAAUAUUGUCAAUUCUGUUUUGUUAAAAUUAUGAAAACAUUUAGUAUCAAAAAAUAUUUUAUGCUAAAUUGAUUUUUGAACUUGCACGUUUUUCUAACAUCAAAAUGUUUGUUUUCAUUUUCUAGUAUUACUAUAAUUAUACAAAUACUCCCAGUAUUGAAAAGUUUUGUUUUCAGUUUUUGAUAUAAUCCUAUUUUGUAGUUAAUUUUCUUUUGUGAGUUGCAUCCAGCAGCACUUGUAAUUUAGGUCACAAAGAUAUCUAACAUUCUCAGGAUUUUUUGUGAAAACAAUCUUUUUCUUUAGUUUAUAUAGACUUAGGAUAAAGAAUUCCAAUGACUAUUGCUAUCAUUUUAGAUCGUUGAAAUAUGUAUAAGAAUGAGAUUCUAAAGAACUUUUAUGCCUAAAUUUCUGGUAAAUUAUACUUUCAUCUAGAGCAAAUAUUAACUUUUCCUUGUCAUUAUUAAGUAAUGUAUUGCUGUAUGUGAAUAUGUAUCUUCUGCUUCAAUCGAAUAAACAUCUGGAUAUGUAA